UGGAAAUUGUUUAUAUCAUUCUAUUGUUGUUCUGAUGAACAAUCCAUUGGUGACAGCUAGUGAAUUGCGAGUUCGAACAAUAAUGGAACUUAUAACUAAUGAAAAUUAUUAUCAAACUACGUAUUCACAAUAUGUAGGACCUACCGAUGUUGCUAUUAAAGCUAUUUGCAAAAAUUAUAUGUUUUCUGAAUUAUAUGAAAUUGCCGCAUUAUGUAAUGUACUUCAAUGUAACAUAAGAAGUGUCUAUCCAAAAAUUGAUUUUCAUCAUUAUAUAGGAAUUUGGGAUAACCUCUUUACACCUAUUCCACCUGUUAAUUCCAAUUUUAACAUUGCGAUUUUAUGGUCAAAUGUCUUGAAUGAAAAAGAUGCUCGAGAAACACAUAAUGGCACGUGGAGCCCAAAUCAUUUUGUUCCACUUAUGUCACUACCUAUUCGUAAUGAAUUUAAUAACACCAGUCAAUCAGCGUCACUUGUUGUGACUCCUGAAAAGAAGACUUUCAAGAAUAAUACUGUUACUCAAAUAAGGACUCCAAGAUUUCAAUCUUCUCCUAGUAGACGCUUACGAAGUGAAGACAACAUCGGAAAUGAUUUUGCUCAAUCAAAUAUUUCAGAUUCAAUGCAAAAGGAAAAGAAUGAUAAAGAAGAACGACGUCAGAUUCAACUUCAAAAGAAAAGAGAACGAAGUAGAUCCAGUCGAAUGAAUGAAACAGAAGAACAACGUCAAAUUCGACUUAAGCAGGAGAGAGAACGAAGUCGAUCCAAUAGAACAAAUGAAUCAGAAGAGCAACGUCAAAUUCGACUUGAGAAGAAAAAAGAACAAAGUCGAUCAAGUGGAACGAAUGAAACAGAAAAACAAAGGGAAAUUCGUCUUGAAAAGAAAAGAGAACAAACUCAAUCCACCCGUACAAACGAAUUGGAAGAACAGCGUCAAAUUCGUCUUCAGAAGGAGAGAGAACGAAGUCGAUCCAAUAGAACAAAUGAAUCAGAAGAGCAACGUCAAAUUCGACUUGAGAAGAAAAAAGAACAAAGUCGAUCAAGUAGAGUGAAUGAAACAGAAAAACAAAGGGAAAUUCGUCUUGAAAAGAAAAGAGAACAAACUCAAUCCACCCGUACAAACGAAUUGGAAGAGCAACGUCAGAUUCGACUUGAACAACAAAAGAAACGAAGUCAAACAAAUAGAACUAAAAGGAAACUUGAAAAACAGAACAAUGAAAACAUUAGUACUGGACAAGAUUCUACUCAUUCUAAUUGGCCUGAACCAAUUAGUCGUGAUUUAAAAGACACUCGGUUGCAACAAUUUUUAGAACAGAUGUCCAUGUCAAAAUUGGCUGAAGCUACUUGUGCAGUUUGCAAUAUCCGUACGUCAGCAAAAGAUGCGAAGAAAAUUCCAAUCUCAAAAAUUCCUAAAAUUGAUUUACUUAAAGUUUCUGAAGAACUCAAAACUUUAAUUAAAAAUUCAACUGAAAAUACUGCCACUCUCAUCGAUGAUAACAAUACACAUACGACAUCACAGAUUAAAAGUAUGUAG